UUGGCUCCGUGAGGAGUGAAGUGAGCUUCACUGCUAAGCGGAGCCAAAAGCUCUGCGGCACUAAGCUUGUCUGCAAAGCAAAGCGCUCGCAAGACACCAGUCGGCCAUUCAACACGGCAGGAUCGGCGAUUAUGCUGCUACUAGAAGAAGAGAAAAAAAGAGUGGAGCACGAAAGUACAGACAUUCUGGUGAUCACAUGGAGAAGACGUCAGCUGCGUGCGAGUUAGGAAGAGUCAUGUGGAGGGUGUCUUUAAGGCACAACUCGCUGGAUUUGUAUGAUACUCCACCGUGGUACCACCGGUUGCGUGAACUUUACCACCGUUUGCCAUUAAAGCUGUGGUGUCGCAGGGAAUAGUAAGACGGUGGUGUUUUCCUUGUUGGGCUUUUGGUUUGCUUGCUGUGGCUUUUGUUAUUCUUUUCCAGGCUUUUUUUUUCGUAGUGAAUUGAUUCGUUCUGUUUUCAUGGUAUUGUUUGGUAGCUGCUUAUACUGGGUCUUUGGUGUCGACUAACUACCUCUCUCCACCCAUUUGAUCUGGUGUCAGGUCUCAAUCAAUUCACUGUGGAUCUGUUCUUUGUAUUUAAGGACAAUGGCUAUACGAACACUCUUACAGCUCAAAGGUGAAGCUAAGCUAGCUCUUCUCUCUCUUCUCUCUCGCGGUUCUUUCGACACAAUGUCGCCAGUUCUCGCUGCUCUUGGUUUUCUUCUCCACUGUACGCUGUUCCAGUUCGCUCAGGGACAAGGGUGGACAAGCGCUCAUGCAACUUUCUAUGGGGGAAGCGAUGCAGCAGGGACAAUGGGUGGAGCUUGUGGUUAUGGUAAUUUGUACAGCCAGGGAUACGGCAACAACAAUGCCGCACUGAGCACUGCUUUGUUCAACUCUGGAUUGAGCUGUGGUGCGUGCUUUGAGAUCCGGUGUGACAGUGCUGCCGAUCCAAGAUGGUGCAUUGCCGGGACUUCCGUUGUUGUCACUGCAACCAACUUCUGCCCUCCAAACUACGCUCUCGCAAACAACAACGGAGGAUGGUGCAACCCUCCACUGGAACACUUCGACAUGGCGCAGCCUGCGUGGGAGCAAAUUGGCAUCUACAGGGGAGGCAUUGUUCCCGUCCAAUACAGAAGAGUCAGCUGCGUCAAGAAGGGAGGAAUCCACUUCACAAUGAACGGCCACACGUAUUUCAAUCUGGUGCUCAUCAGCAACGUUGGCGGAGCCGGCGACGUGCACGCCGUGUCCAUCAAAGGCUCCGGCACCGGUUGGCAAGACAUGAGCCGGAACUGGGGACAAAACUGGCAGAGCAAUGGCCAGUUCCAGGGGCAGAGCCUCUCGUUCAAAGUCACCACGAGCGAUGGCAAAAGCGUGGUCUCCAUGGACGUGGCUCCCGCCGACUGGCAGUAUGGACAAACCUUCGAAGGGUCCCAGUUUGAUUGAAAAGGAUGGAAGGAAAGAGAUGGAAGAGAUGAAAGACAUGCUGGAAGAUGGAAGAGGAGGUAAAAGUUUCAUUACAUUCAUGGAGGAAACGAAGAGCGUAGAGGGUCUAGAAAGGAUGGGUUUUUAGCGCAGAUUUGAGGAUGGGGAUGAGAUGAAGAAACGACGGCCAACCUCCCCGCCGCUGGAAGAGAUUUUAGAGAUUCUAGAGAAGCUCGAGGAACAGUUUGCAAAGUCCAAAUCGAGCAGACGAGCUCCACCACGCUGUCGGGAGUUUGCAAAGAGUCACGGGGAAAAAUAGAAGAUAAAAGGAAACGAGGCGAGCGUUAUGAAGCUCUUGUGCACUGCAUCGAAACCAAAAGAGAAAAGCUUUCUUAAGAGUUUGCGAGCUUCAGUCCAAAUGUAUCUAACUGACAGCUUUAAAAUCGAGGAGCGGGUUGUGCUUCUCACAUGUUGUUCUUGUUUGUUGCCCCACGAUGGGCCUUAAAAUAAUGGGUGGCGAUUUUUCUGGUCA